UGACAUGACAGUGAAGUGAAUGACAGUUAUCAUCUGUUGCUGUGUUCUUUUAUUUUCAAAAUAAUUUAUAAUCCAUAAACAUUCUAAUAUCAAAAAUAAAAAGUAAAGAAAUGCCUUACAAACAGAUUACAACAAAUUAAAAUUUAAUUUUAGCUACGAACCCAUAGUGGUUUAGAUAAUUUCAAAAUAAUACAUCGUUUAUAGUAAAACCCUUUGUUAGAGUUUUAUCUUUUAGAAAGAAAUGACCACUCCUGACCAAGAAAGCGCAUUGAACUUCAAUCAGACGCAGUAUCAAAAUGUACAAUCUCCUCUUGAUGUUUCAUACGCUCAUAGCAUUAAUACAAUAGCUUCAUUAAGGGAUUACAUUAUAUCUGAAGAUUUUUUAGCUGGCCAACGUCUCAAUGGAAGAAUGUCCAAUGUCAGAAGAUUUUUUUGCCUAUUUGUGACUUUCGAUUUUCUGUUUACCUCUUUAAUGUGGAUUAUAUGCGUUAUGUUAAAUGGUGAAUAUAUUAUAAAAGCGUUAACAGAACAAGUGAUACAUUACAACAUACAUACCUCACUUUUUGAUAUCGUUUUAGUAUCUUUCUGCAGAUUUGUCAUAUUGAUAUUAUUCUAUGCAGUCAUUUAUGUCAACCAUUGGAUUAUUAUUUCGAUUUCAACGGCAGCUACUUGUGGUUUUUUAAUUACAAAAGUACUUUAUUUUGAUUGGCCACACUCGUCUCAACCAGUUUUUGAAGUACUUUUAGUGUUGGUAUCGUUUAUACUAGCUUGGGGUGAAGCUUGGUUUCUAGAUUUUAGGGUUAUCCCCCAGGAAACCUAUGCAAACAGAUAUAUUGUUGCUGGUGAAAAUGAGAGAACGCCACUUAUAAGAAGUUACGUUCAAGGUCUUCCGUCAAUGUACACUGAAAGCGUUGGAAAUUUUUAUUCUCCACAAGGUAGUCCUGAAGGUUCGUUACAUAGAUAUCAACCGAAUGAACUCUAUCCGCGUUAUAUUGUGCCUCUGAGAUUAUCCCGUCAAGAGGAGGAACUUUAUAAAGAUGUAGCUAAUAAAACGUUAAUAGAAGCAUGGGAACUAUUUCAAAUGAACGAUUGGAUUCUUCAAAAAGUGCAUCAAAACGACAGUGUGUAUUCCAGAAUUGGUAGUAAUAAAAAGAAAAUAUUUAAAUUACAGGCCGAUAUAGAAACUUCGCCGCGUUACCUAUUAGACGAACUUUACUACAGAGAACAGGAAUUUCCGAAAUGGAAUUCCGCUGUAAAAGAAAGCCACAAAGUUCAUUCUUUCGACGAAUGUACCGAUAUAACUUAUACCAUAUCGAAAGAUUCCGCUGGUGGUUUGGUAUCUAGUCGAGAUUUCGUUAAUUUAAGACAUUGGGCGAAACGAGCCAACAGUUAUAUAAUUUGUGUUUGCAAAACCGAACAUCCUUCUCUUCCGAACAACAAAAAAAUGACAAGGGGUGAAAAUGGUGUCGGCUGUUUUGUUAUGGAAGCCGUCGAUAAUCCAAACAAAUGCAUUUUACACUGGAUAGUAAACAUCGAUUUAAAAUUAUGGUUACCGAGUGGGAUACUCGAUAAAGAAAUGGCAGCUAUGAUGUUUAAAUUUGUCAAAGAUCUCAGGAAUCAUAUUUCAUCCAGAACGAACGGGAUACACGCUGAAUUUUUUGCUUAUUUGUAAAAAAAUAAAUAAGCGUAUUCUAAUGUUACGUUUUCGUAAAAUAUUAUAGUGACUAAUUACGGAUUUAUUUUAAAUUGUAAGGGCUGGUUGUACAAUAGGCAGUUAAAAUAUAAACUGAACCUCGUUGUAUAAUGAUCGGUUAUUGUUAAACAUAGUUUUAAAAAUGAUAUUUGUACGUUAAAUAUAAUCAGCUAAAAAUUAAACUCCUAUUAGCUAAACAUGAGUAUACAACAUUCUUUGUACAACCCGCUCUUAAGAGAGAUGUUUUGUUAACCACAGGUUUAUUCAAUUAACGAUUAUUAGUUUUCCAGUUUGCUCUGUCCUCUCAUUUUGAUAACUUUAUCUCAGAUAGACGAAUAAGUAAUGGGCGGCGUUUAACAUAAGUUUUGUUUAAAGCCAAUAUACUGGGUGACAACGAGAACAGAACCACGUUAAUAUCUCUUUCAUUUUUGAAGCAAUUUGAAUCAAAUUUGGGACAAAUCUACACAUACUUAAACAAAAUAUCAGAUUUUUUUAUGAAAAUGCAACAAUUUUUAAAAUCUUGUCCGCCAUAUUGGAUCUGCCAUUUUAUUUUUAAAAGAUUCCAAUUUGUAUCAGUGAUCUCAAGAAGCCUUUAUAUCCAAAUUAACGAUUUUUGUAAUUUUGUCCGCCAUAUUGAAUUCGCUAUUUUGUUAUUUCAAAAUUCUAAUUUCAAUUUCUUAAUAAGCGAUUUCAAAAAACCCUAUGUCCCAAUUUUUAUGAAAAUAUAACAAAUUUUAUAAUUCUCUCCGCCAUAUUAAAUCCGCCAUUUUGUUAUUUCAUAAUUCUAAUUUCAAUUUCCUAAUCACUGACCAUGAAAAGUCCUAUAUCCGAAUUCCUAUGAAAAUUUAACUAUUUUUAUAAUUUUGUCGGCCAUAUUGAAUCCGAAGGACAAUCACCUCUGCUUAUUCAAAAACUUAAAAUAGCCCAUGUUAAAUUUAACUAUUGACAUUAGAUUUCUGUCAAAUUCCCAUUAAAAAAAGACAGUUUUGAACGAUUUUUCAAAAAAAAAUACUGAAUUUAACAAAUAACUAAACAAUAGCCAACAACUUUAUGGAACACACAGUAUAAAAAAUGUAUGUAUUUAGUUUAUCCUCUAAACAUUUACAAGGGUGAUACAAUAGGUUGUAGAACAGAGGUAAAAGUUGGAAAUGCUUUUGCCAGUUCUCCCACUUUAUACACAUAACUUGACAGGUUGUCAGCGAAUCUCACCGAAGUGGACACGAUACAUUGGCGUACAAAAUUAUUUUAUAGAUGUUAAUAACAAUUUCGAGUAAAUAGUUUAAUAAAUUGUGAAUAGCUGUUGAAAUUUUGUAAAAUUAUAAUUUGAAUAUUAUAAUACAUGUUUAAUAAUUAUUUAUAAUCCAUAAAUACAUGCGAUUGUCCGGUUCCGCCGAUAACAAUUUAAAAUUACUUUUUUCUAUGAAACGACACUGGCAGGUAAACAUUACUGUGAAAUUCUCGGAGCCGCCCGACGUGGUUUGACGUUUACCCCCUCUCUACCUACCAAAAGACUUUUCAACUUUUACUUUCUCUAUACAAAAUAACCGAAAAAAAAAAAAAUUAACGGGUAAGACAGGAAAGUCAUGUGUUGGACACAUCAGAUUGAGCGCCAUGUUGCUUAUAAAUGUAACAUUUUAUUACCAAUCUGACAAUAUGCACACCAAUUAGGGUGUAAUGAUUGCAUUUUAGUAACUAACUUCACUAUUUAAUUUUACGUAGGUUUUUCUAAAGAAUAUUUAGUUUACUUCAAAUAUUCUUUUUUUUUAUCCUAUUGACUGCGCCACGUUAUCAUUGAAACAACUAUUCGGAAACUGAAUCUUUAUUUGUCGUCUAUGUGCGAAAUAUAAGAAAACGUUAUAGUCCGGGAACUAUUGCUAAUAUAUUAGGUAUACAUUUAUAGUCCAGACAUUAAUAUAAAAUAAUAUAAUUUAAUUGAAAUACAAUCAUUACAUAUGGUCAUUCCCACCGCAUUUUUAACGAAAAAAUGUAAUUUUAAGCUACUAGCGGUGAAAUUCGGCCUUAGAAGAUUAUUUUCCAGUUUAUGGCCUUCUGCAUAAAAAAAACCAUUUAAAAAAAUCAAUCUUAAUGGCCUAUUGUCAAAUCACCUUCUAGAAACCACCGGUAACAUUAAUUUUUCAAAUUGCUAACCCCUAUUAUUUUGCUAAUAUGAAACAAUUUUUCAUUCUAAUCGAUAUUCGGCAAUACUGGACCCAUUAAUAACUAAGGGAUGGUUUGAUUCGAGUCCAUCCUGUAAGACUUAUGCAUCCUUGAUACAACAUAUUUAAAAAUACAUAUAUUUUUAGAGAAUUUAAGAUAUUAACUAACCUAAAACCUAUAGGAAAAAGAUUGCAAUUUGCAAUGUUGUGCCCCAUUUGGAGCGUUUUUAAUUAAAUUCGGACUACACUGUCGCUAACAUUUAAUCAGAAUAUUAUUACAUUUAAGCUCAAACAUUUUUUUUAAUUUGUUAUUCACUUCUGUGAUCAUAUAAUACGAAAUCGUUAUAUAUUUACAAUUUUCAGAGAAUUUAAAAUAAAACGGAAUGGAUUUUACUUCUUAAACGCCAAAAAAAGAAAUUAAAAAUUGUUUUUUUUUGUUUUUUUCUACUUAUGUAACUUUUGCGAAUCUCUUAUGUUACGUCCUUCGAUUUUUUUUUUUAUUUUAACCGUCUUUAAUCAUUUAGCAAACUUUAGAGAUUAUUAAAAAUGUUGUCAGUUGUUAAAUUGACUUCAUUGUCUACAAUUUUUAAUUUGUACUUACUACUCAUUUUGCGUCCAGCAGAGAGUAAUAAAAUCUUAUUAAUAUAUACAUACUACAGUCCCUUCUUUGUAAUAUCUCGUUUGAUAUCUUCUGUCAGUCCUUGUUCACCUCCAUUUUAUUGUUUUAGUGAAUUCAGAACAGUCAUUUUUGUUCUAGUUGGACUCUCUGUAUAUAUAUAUAGUAAACCUUCCAUGUUUGAUCUCUUAUCAAUCUUAUCUUUUAUUUUAUGAGUUUUCUCUUUUUACAAAGUUGUAUAUGUAUCAUUUUUUAACAUAAUUUAACAAUAAUGCACUCAUUGCCUUUUAAAAAUGUUUAACAGAACUAAAUACGAACCAUUUUAGUUCUCACUUUGUAGACUUAAACUAUCACUAAAUUCCAAAUAAUAAAAUGUUACUUAUUCAAAAUAAAUACGACUUUUUAGGGAUUAAAAAGCAAUUUACUAUUCGAUCCCCUUAAAUGGAUUUGUAUUUUUGACAAUUUAAAUUCGAUAGCAAUUAUAUUUGCUCCCCUUAUUUAUUGCUCUCUCCUGGUAUAAUCGAUUUAUGAAAAUAGCUAAUUUGGAUAGAAUUUAAGCAACAAAUAUUGUGACAAUUUAUGGUUGAUAUUAUAAAUUGUCGCAAUUCAACUUAAUCAUUGUAAAAUUUAUAAAUUGUACAUUAUUUUAGUUUAAACCUUUGGGGCUUGGAAUAUUUGACAAUAUAAAAUUGUAAUUUAAAAACUAGUUUAACAUAUUUUAUACUUUAUAUUAUUUUCUAAUGAAAUUAAAUUAUGUAGGAUAUAUUACUCCGAUUGUUUUAUAUAAAUUUUGUUUGUAAGUACUGCAUUUAUUUCUGUAAGGUAUGAAAAAGACUGUGAUUUUAAAAUAAACUAUAUUUACUUAAGAGUACAUUUUUGACCUUUAUUUUUAAUUUUAACUGCUGCUGCUUAUUAGCACAAACAAUGGAAGAAAAAUCAUUUAGUACAUGUAUUAUUUAUUUACAAUAAAACUAAAUAAAGUAGAAACUACAAAUCACUUAUUAAGUGACAAUAACUUCCAUUUACCACAUCCAUAAAUAUCUUGAUCCAUAUUUGGCAGCUGGCCUGGGAGCAUCUUUUGGUAAUCCAGGAGUAGCAUCUGGGUAUAGAACAGGUCCUUCCUUUUCAGGUCUUGGUCUUUCAGUUUCGUGAACAUGGACUCUAGCAAAGUAGUCAUAUGGAGGUCUGUCCAAACCUAAAUUGUCCUUCACGCAUUUAUCAAAUACAGCUUGAGUGUUUCGGCAUCUGUAAAUUACA